AUGUCAUACAUGGCUUUUCCUCCCCCACGACCUCUGCGAAAUGCGUUUGCUGAAGCAAACGCGUCGUCGGCUGACGGCCGUGAUCACAUCGGCGAGGUGAUCGACCCAGAAGCGAGCUCAAAUCCUUCCUCUGAGCCACUACCACCAGCCAAGGAGUUCGCUUGCCAUCUCGUCCACAACAAGAGCAAAAAAGCAUGGGCGACUCUGAGUGUUCUCGGGGAUACGGUGCAAAGUAAAGGCUCUCCGGCUAUCCUGCAAGACACGCCGAUAAGCGGGGAAGUUCGCCUGGACUUGGGUUCGGGGGAGUCCAUACACUCCAUUAUUCUCCUGCUGCGAGGCCAGGUCAUCACCGGCGCCACCCCAAGUGAAAUGUUCACCUUCUUUGAGCUACCCACCACAUUAUGGACGCGUAGCAUGGGUGAUCCUCGCAAUCCGAGUGUCAGCGAUCGACCCACAAAAUGGGGUGAAAAGCUCAAGGGCGCAUAUACUUGGCCAUUCUCAGUUACGUUGCCGGCGACGGUGACGCUGCCUGUAGGCAGGAGAGAAGAGGUCUUCCCAUUACCUCAGACCUUCUUCGAGCGGCAUACACGUGCCAGAAUUAAGUACGAGCUAUCUGUGCGGUUCCAGCGGACUGGGUUGCGGACGGAUCACAGGUUGAGCACCACGUUGAAUUACUUGCCUGUUUCUCGUCCCGGACCAGCUUCUCGCCUCAGGCAACUUUCAUAUCAGCAACACACAGCGUUGCUCGGUCCCGAUGCCGAUCCCGAGGGUUGGCACGCGUUUCCGGUGGUCAAGACUCGCGGCCGAUUGCCCGGCUGUCCCUCGACAGAAGUCAAAUGCACGUACACGACUUGAUAUGAAGUACACGAUCCAUUGAAAUUGCCCGCCCCCAGCUGUGCUACACUCGGGGAACGAGCAUUCCCUGUGCGCUUGUGGUUGAGUGCUACCAUCCUCCGACCCUGCAACGUCUCGCAGACCCUGCGUCGGUUCCUCUGCGAUUGCGACGCAGCGUUCGCUUCCACGCUGGGGAGAAAACGUCCAGCCAAAACGCGGACGACUACGACAACGAUCUCGCUUGGAAGGAGGAGACCGAAUUCUCAGAGUUGGCUACUUGGUGGCCUGCUGCGGACCGCUCUAUGGAGUUUGAUUCUACAGAAACUUUGCUCGCUGAUCCGCCGCGCCGACUACUGAGAGGAGAGCUCCAUUUGCGUCCGGAUCUGAUUGUUUCAUCAUCCAUGGCACACUACAGAAUCGAGUAUGCUGUUGUGCUCUUCCCAUUUGACGCCCCAGGCUUUGAAUCCUCCGAUAAUGGACCUUUGUUCAACGAAGUCAUAGAAAUCGCUUCUGACUUUGCCGACGGUCCGCGACCGCUCCAAUACACUGAGCCGUUUGCCACAGUCAUCUGAAAGGGCGUUGCAACUGUCCAGCGACAUGGUAUCGGCCUUCUCUUUGGCCUUUUUUGUCGAAGCUGUAGAAUAUUUACCCCGUGUUCCAAGACUAUUCCUGGCAUAAUAGAAUAUCCCUUGCAUGGUCGGUGCAUGUUA